GCACCUAACCUACAAAUUCCGAGACAAGAAUUGCUAUAUUCAAAAAAAUUACUUUUUUUGAGAAUUUCAAAUUGGUUGGAGUCCUCAUAGUGCAUAAUUAAUAAUAAUAUAUUUACAAUUAACAUUUAGUUCGUUAUUUUACAAAUUUACAUUUUAAGGAUUAUGCGUAUAUAAAUUUGAUUGUGAAUAUAGUACGUCAUCAAAUUACUUAAAUAUAUAAUGAAAGACAAAGAGAAACCAUCAAUAUUAAAUGUUCAACAUCGUACAGUUGAAACAGUCGGACCAUGGAUAUUGAGAUAUUUAUCAGGCUCAACUGUUCAAGAUAAAUGUUUAACUAAUGGUGAAGAAAUAGAAGAUACAAAUGAAUCAUUUAUCGAUGAAGAAAGUCAAGCCGAUACAAUUUAUCUAAAAACUUUAGAUCCUAAGGAAUGGAAAGAUCAAGAUCAUUAUCAAGUUUUAGGACUAUCAAAAUUACGAUAUAAAGCCACUGAAGCACAAAUCAAAACUGCUUAUAGGCGUAGAGUUCUUAAUCAUCAUCCGGAUAAAAGAAAAAAGCUUGGCGAGAAAGUUCAAGGAGAUGAUGAUUAUUUUACAUGCAUCACUAAAGCUUGGGAAACUCUUGGAAAUAAAACUAAAAGACGUGCAUAUGAUUCAAUUGAUCCUAAAUUUGACAAUAGUAUUCCUUCUAAAGAAACAGCAAAAAAAUCUGACUUUUUUGAACUAUUUGGGCCGGUAUUUGUUCGUAAUAGUAUGUGGUCAGAACAAAAUUCUGUACCCCUUUUAGGAGAUAUAAAUAGUAGCCGUGAUCAUGUUGAUCGUUUCUACAAUUUUUGGUAUGGUUUCAAUUCAUGGAGAGAAUUUUCAUAUCUUGAUGAAGAAGAUCGUGAACAGGCCUCAGAUCGUGAAGAACGAAGAUGGAUUGAAAAACAAAAUCGUGCAAAUCGUACUAAGCUAAAAAAAGAAGAGAGUACUCGUAUUAGGCAGUUAGUUGACUUAGCAUAUGCUAAUGAUCCAAGACUUUUAAAAUUUAAAAAGGAAGAACAAGAACGUAAAGCAGCUGUGAAACAAGCCAAAAAAGACGCAAUAAGACAAAAACAAGAAGAAGAAAUUAGGUUAAGAGAAGAAGAAGAAGCUAAAGUACAAAAAGAAAAAGAAGAACGUGAAGCUGCAGAAAAAGCACAACGAAAUGCUCUUAAGGCAGAAAAAGAUAGUCAAAAGAAAGCUUUGAAAAAGGAACGUAAACAUAUAAGAGAUUUAUGCAAAACAAAUAAUUACUAUAUACAAAAUGGUGAUAAUGUUAUUGAAAUAAUGUCUGGUGUUGAAAAAAUUUGUGAUCAACUUUCUGCCAUACAGCUUAAACAAUUGGCCAGGGCUCUUCAAAUAGAAGGUCGUAAAGCAUUAAUAGAAAAACUUAAACAAAUGGAAUGUAGAGUUGAAAUGAAUAAUGUUAUUAAAAAUGAUACCAAAAUUGUUGAAAAAAAUAAUAAUGAUUGGGAAACAGAUGAUGUUCAAUUAUUGAUAAAAGCGGUAAAUUUGUUUCCAGCUGGUACAAACCAACGUUGGGAAGCUGUGGCAAAUUUUAUCAACCAACAUAGUAAGAAUGGUGAACGAAAUGCCAAACAAGUAUUAGCAAAAGCUAAAUCUCUUCAAAGUACUAACUACACUGAUAAUGCUUUAAAAUCUGAAAUGAAUGCCAAUGCAUAUGAUCAAUUUGAAAAGGAAAAAAAAUGUGAAUCACAAAUACCUGAAGUGGUUUCAGAACGUCCGGUUGGAUGGUCAGCAGAUGAGCAAAAAUUAUUGGAACAAGCUCUUAAAACAUAUCCAAAUGCAGUAAAAGAACGUUGGGAUAGAAUAGCAGAAUGUGUUCCAACAAGAACGAAAAAGGAAUGUAUGAAAAGAUAUAAAGAAAUUGUUGAAAUAGUUAAAGCCAAAAAAGCUGCUCAAGUGUAAAAGUUUAUUAACUAUUAUUUUGAAUACAUGUUAACAAAACUUAAUGAUGUUUUUAUUUAAAAUUUUUUUUUUGUUUUGUUAAUAUUUUUGAACAAAAUUAAAUUUUUAACUCAA